CUACUGCAGCGAUUCUGUUAUUAUCAAUAUGGCUUCUGUCAGUCAGACAAAGGCGAAUCAGUUUAUGCCUUGAAAUGAAAUCAAAUUAGGAAAAGGUAGCGGGAGAGUCGGACAUCGUCCUGUUUUGCUGGUUCAUGUCUGGCGACGUGGAUUAAAGAGACGGAAACACUGUCAAUUGAGUUGAAUAAAUGCAGUGGUGCACGGAGGCCCUGCACGCGCACAAUCAGAAUGUCCCAUUACACAGAUGAGCCUCGUUUUACCAUUGAGCAGAUCGACUUGCUGCAGCGGCUACGUCGGAGCGGCAUGACAAAGCAAGAGAUCUUGAACGCGCUGGACACCCUCGACCGGCUGGACCGCGAGCACGUGGAGAAGUUCGGCCACCGGCACGCCCACGCCGGAAAUGGGGCAGCCGGCAUCAAUCACGGCAACACCACCACCUCUUCAAACUCCUGCACUACCUCCUCUAACAACCUCACAGCCUCUUCUUCAACGACAUCUACAGCCACGCAGACAGGGUACCGUGGCAAUGGCCUCUCUCCAUCCCCUUGCAACAACUAUGACACCUCCCCGCCCCCGACUGUCCCCACCCCCGUGCCAGUAGUAGCACCCAUGGUCCAAAAUGGACGGGACAGCCUCGCCUCUAUGCCCAAUGGUAAGCUCUCCCCGCCCCGCUUCGCCGUUAGCAACACCUCCUCGCGGGCCUUCGCUUUCGAGCACCCAGAUGAGGACGUGGACAUCGAUGAUAAAGUCGAGGAGCUCAUGAGAAUGGACAGUGCUAUAAUUAAAGAAGAGAUUAAAGCCUUCUUGGGGAACCGGCGAAUAUCACAGGCAGUAGUUGCCCAAGUUACAGGUAUCAGUCAGAGCCGGAUCUCUCAUUGGCUGCUCCAGCAGGGCUCAGACCUCAGCGAGCAGAAGAAAAGAGCUUUCUACCGCUGGUACCAACUAGAGAAAACUACACCUGGUGCGACUCUAGCGAUGCGGCCCACCCCGAUGGCCCUGGAGGACAUUGUGGAGUGGCGUCAAACCCCUCCCCCUAUUAGCAGCACCCAGGGCAGCUUCCGUCUGCGGCGUGGCAGCCGCUUCACCUGGAGGAAAGAGUGUCUGGCGGUGAUGGAGAGUUAUUUCAAUGACAACCAGUACCCCGAUGAAGCCAAACGAGAGGAAAUUGCCAACGCCUGCAAUGCAGUUAUUCAGAAACCAGGGAAGAAGCUUUCAGAUCUUGAGAGGGUCACGUCUCUGAAAGUUUACAACUGGUUUGCCAACAGACGGAAGGAAAUUAAGAGAAGAGCCAACAUAGAAGCAGCAAUCCUGGAGAGUCAUGGGAUUGAUGUCCAAAGCCCGGGAGGUCAUUCCAACAGUGAUGAGAUCGAUGGAAAUGACUACGGUGAGCCAGUAGCUGCUGACCAUGUUUUGGGAAUGGAUGAUAACACAGGCCCAAAUGAACACCAGGACCCCAUAGCUUUGGCAGUGGAGAUGGCCGCUGUCAAUCACAGCAUCCUGGCACUGGCGAGGCAGGGCGGAGCCACCAGUGACAUCAAAACAGAGGUGCUGGACGACGAGUGAGAAUCCGCCCUUUGACGUGGAGCAUGGAGGGAAGCCGAAGAAGAAAUGUGGGGUUACGCAAAUUAAAGCCAAACAGAUUGUGUGAGAACUAUGAUUAUGAGGAAUAUGCCCAGGUCGUGGAUGACCAAAGUGAAUGCGGAGGUUAUAAAGACUGUUAACCCAACAUUCCCUCCUUCCACCUCUCUCCUACGUGUGACGCCUCAAUAGUCUUUUAAUUAAAGCCGUUCUCCUACACGCAGCAGCUUGGAGAGGCAAAUCGAUUAAACUGUUAACGAAACACGUUCGCUAAAAACUUCAUGCGACAUAUCACCCUGCCAUCUCACACCAGGAUAGGGAAUUUUGCCUCUGUUUUUCCUUCUUUCAGGAAGUCUUCUUUGCAGGAUACAAGAGGUCAGUAUCAUACUUAAUGCUCACUGCCUCAGUCUCUCAAGGGAAAGUGUGUUGGGAAGCAUAUUCUCUCUCACUUCUUAACUUAUGUAUGUGCAGUCCAGCGUUGCUGAAAUUGCAUUUAAACCUGUGUUUUAAACUACAGUGCAGUUUAGUCACCAGGGUCUAAAGUUAACACUUGCCUACCACCAAAUGUGCACCUGCAGCUUUGCCAAGUCUGCUUCAUUUUCUGCAGUGAAUGGGUGCCGUCAGAAUGAGAGUCCAAACAGCUGAUAAAAACAUCACAAUAAUCCACAAGUAAUCCACACAACUUCAGUCCAUCAGUUAAUGUCUUAAAAAGCGAAAGCAGCAUGAUUGUAAGAAACAUAUCCAUAAUUAAGGUAUUUUUAACUUUGAGGCAAUGCAAAGUUUCUCCAAAUCUGUUCUGAUGAAUAAACAAACACAUCUUCAUCUGAGAUGGUCUAAGAUUGAGUACAUUUUCAGCAAAUUUUCAUUUCAUUUUUGUGUGAACUGUUCCUUUAAGAGCGUCGUCCCUGGCAGUCUUGGUAUGUAUCUUUUGCAAUUUGCACAUUUUGUCACUAAAUUUAGUUGUCACUGUGACAAAAGUAGUUUAAGUAAAACAAGGUGCAGUUUUAUGAGCAGUAUGAAAUACUUAUAGUCAUAAAAUUGGCUAAAUGUUAAUUCUGGACCCUGGUUUUCAGCGUAAAUGUUGCAUAGGACAGUUUUUGCAGUACCAUAACCGGCCAGCUGGCUUCAGCAAUUAUGUGUUGCACUUUUAAUUACUAGCGGCAGCUUAUUUAUGUUCCUGUCGCUACACAACUGUGCAUCUCUGCAGGGAGGCGUCGAAGGCUGUCAGGAAUCUGAAGCCUACUCGUGAAGAUUGUGCCAUUAUAUUUCAGCAUUAGCAGACUAGCUCUUCUGCAGGCCUCUCUAAAAGCAAUCAGAAAAGCCGUUUAUUUGAACGUUUAUAACCUCAAAGUGUUCUACUCAGCCAAUAACUGUGCGAACGUUUCAGCAGCACGCGGCUGGAAAGUGUUGUAGCAUUGGGAAUUUCUUUGUCUCUCAGCGAACGGGAAAACACUUGACAAUCAGGGGGACGACGUUCCCUUACAAAAAACCUGUUGGUGUUUGCCCAUGUGUCCAAAUAAUGUUUUUUUUCUGGAAAGUAAUUAUAUCUAAAGUCCCUUCGAUGGGGAUUAAUAACCAUCAUUUCUUAAAUUAAAGUGGAUUUAACCACUCUAAUAAUUAUCCCAUGUAAUUGCUUGUUUUUUUUUGUUGAAUAUUCACAAAAUGUCACUUUAAGAGGGAGGGUUAUGGUGCUUUGGGUUCUUAACCCCAACAUAUAUAUAUUUUUUUGUUUGUUUCAUAAGGUACUGUUUCAAAGAAAGAAAAUGGACUAUUUCAGGUUAUUUUUAUUUGUGCUUCAGAAUUGAAAUAUGGUGCUUGUUUUAAAAAAGGAAAUACUAACCACAUUCCCUCUCCCACCCUUUACAGUCUUUCUCUUUGCCUUUUAGGAAGCUGCUUUCUGUGUGUAAUGCACAUCCUGGCAGUCACAAAUAAGCUUUUUUUAGACGUAUCAAAAUAGCUAUCAGAUGACAAACCUGUGAAAAGUAUCAGCUGCUUCAAAAGUUCUUUCAGAAUGUCUGAAAUACCAUUUCAGCUCAUCAACAUACCUUUGUUCCAAUUGAGUGUAAGAUUUCAGUCGAUGAGAUCGCCACUAGCUAACAAGCAAGCUUGUAUUUAAAAAGUCAGGAGCAGCUGAGCGAGAUUUUUGAACAUGGGCUUCAGCCUUAAUGCAAGUAUUUAUAAGCACUUAAAUUACAGAAUGUGUAAAAUCUAUUGACUAGUCGUUUCUGUGAAAAUUAACUGUUGAUGACGCUGUUUAAGUUAACGUUAUGGUAAUAUUCCUGGAUACUAGGGAUGUAACGAUUCACUCAACACACGAUUCAUGAUUUUUUUUUUUUUUUUUACAAAAUGAGAUUUAAGACAAAUGUGUAAUUUUAUUAUUGCUUGGACAAAAUGCUGCACGUUUCUUUGUGAAAUUGAAAUUUAACACUAUGAUAAUAUACUUAUAUAGCACUGGCAUAUCAUUGCUCUUUUGUUGGUUUCGAUUGCUUCUAUUCUCAUUUGUAAGUCGCUUUGGAUAAAAGCGUCUGCUAAAUAACAAAAUUUAAAUGUAAUGUAAAUGUCAAUAACGAAACAAAAGCCCCAAAUCCAAUAAAUAACACAAAUUAAAAGAAAUAUCUUCAUAUAAACAAAAUAAGGCUUAGUUUGUACCCGUUCCAUUUGAAAUGAGAGGCAACCACUGCAUUUUAAUCAAGAUCCAUACAAAGAUGCUGCAAACAUGCAACAGGAGUAGUUUUUAAUCUUAAGUUAAAUUGUAUAAUUUGAAGCAAAAACAGAAUGGUUAGACUUCAGUUUUGUGAAACUAUACAUUACACUUGUCUGCAUGAAACAGAAACAGAAACCGCAGACGCAGAUUCUCUUUCUGCCAGCAGGUGGCCCUUAAGGCGUUUCCUUGUAAACAAAGCAGCACUGCACUUAUGAACUUUAAUAUGCUUUACACAGAGGCAAGAUUAAAAUAAAAAAUACCAUCUAAGCUUUUCUAAAGACAGUAAGUUCCCCUUAGAAAUACAUUCAUAUAAACUGCUACCCCUAAUUGAAUCGUUAUUUGUUUGUCAUCUCAACCGAUUUGAAUCGUUACAUAUUUAAAUAAAUUUUCAACCAGCUCAUGGUAAAUCGUUACAUCCCUACUAAAUACAUUUAUUCCACAAAUCUACAUAAGCUUAACAAAAAUCUACCAAGUCUGUUUGCUAAAAUAUGUAUCGAAAGAAUAUUGUAUGUUAGGAGAGAAAAUUAAUUGGAAAUGAAAUUUCUCGCUUUAGAAAAUUCUGCUAAGCAGAUAAAUCCAUCAAAAGAGACAUUAUUUGUUUCUUUAGUUAUGACUUGUAAUUUGGUUGAAUGGUCAGUUCAAAUAUAUUAUUUGAGUAUCAAACACAAGUUGUUCUUUUAUAAGGGUGACCAGGGCUAGUUGACAUUUUUUACUUCAGUGAAUAUUUGACAGGAUGUGAUUAUUGUGGAAAGAUAGUUACGGUAUAUAGAGUAAAACUUUAGUCUCUAACAGUGCUGGCCAUAUUGGGAACCUGCUGUGUGUAACAGAUAUGAGAGAAAAAAAACAACAACAAAACACACACUCACACACAGAGAGAGAUAUAUAUAUAUAUGAGCAGCACUGCACUUAUAGGAAGAUAUUAACAUUUUUACUGAUUAUAUAUAUAUAUAUAUAUAUAUAUAUAUAUAUAUAUAUAUAUAUAUAUAUAUAUAUAUAUAUAUAAGUAAAAAAUGUAAUAUCUUCCUUAUGUGACAACUAGCCCCGGUCUCUGUUUUAUAUUUCAAUUUUAUAUAUUGACUAUAAAAUCUUUUCAUUAAACAGUUGUCAAAAAAAUAUUAGAUGGUAUAAUAGUGAGACUAUGAACAUUGCAAACUGCCAAAUCAUACUUUCAUUUGCCAACCCAAAUCGAAGCGUGAAGUUUCAUGAGCUUGCUCAGCAAUCAUGUGGUCUUGUAUAUUAUAUCAUAGCAUACAGACAGUCCAAUCUUACCAACACAGAGUACCUCAGUAAACACUUUCUUAGAAACAGUAUUGAGGUACAAUGUGAUGAUGGACUAGUGCCCAGUCAGUUACCCAGAAGUCUUUAUUAAGCUAGUGUUGGGAUGUGUUUGGAACAGAAAUCUGUUGUGAAAGAAUGAGGGAACACUUUGACUGUUUUUAAUCUGUCCAUGUUCAAUAUGUGAAUAUAUUAAAUAUAUAUAAAUAUAUUCUAUGAGUAUAAAAAAUGCAAAAUAUAUAUCACUGUUGUAUUAACUUGAAAUAGUCUAAUCAUGUAUCUCUUAUUACAGAAUUUAGUGCCUUUUUUGGACAGUAGACUGUUCUGUAAUUAAUAUGUAGUAUAAAACGCAUAUGCUUUGUUACUUUUUUUUUUCUUUAAAAUUUGUUUUUAAGUUGUUUAUUUUAGAAUUGUACCUUCUAGAGAAUAAAGACUUAACGAGCUGUAA